AUGUCAGGUAAAGGAAAGGCCGGUUCAUCCGAAAAAGCUUCAACAUCAAGAUCCUCCAAGGCUGGUUUAUCAUUCCCAGUCGGUAGAGUCCACAGACUCUUGAGAAAGGGUAACUACGCUCAAAGAGUUGGUUCUGGUGCUCCAGUUUACUUAACUGCUGUCUUAGAAUAUUUAGCUGCUGAAAUCUUGGAAUUGGCUGGUAACGCUGCCAGAGACAACAAGAAGUCCAGAAUUAUCCCAAGACACUUACAAUUAGCCAUCAGAAAUGAUGAAGAAUUAAACAAGUUGUUAGGUCACGUUACUAUUGCUCAAGGUGGUGUUUUACCAAACAUCCACCAAUCCUUAUUGCCAGCCAAGAAGGCUGCCAAGGCUGGUGCUUCCCAAGAAUUGUAG